AUGGUGGGAGGUCGUCUGUUUCUGAAUGACACCUCCGGCACACACAUUUACUUUGACAAGGAAACAGCUGCUGGGGAGAGCGAAUUUUACAGAUACUGGCUUACACCAGCAGCCCCACUGCUUAAAGGAUACGCUAAGGUGGAGUCCCUGAGCAUAGCUGGACUCAAUGAUUUUGUAGUCACUGCUCCCUCCCAGGUAUAUCUACCAAAUUUAUUAUGUUUUAGUGCUGGAGGUGCAAGUUACCUUAAUACAUUCCAUCUGUCUGCUAGGUACCAAGUGGAGCUUGCUGUUGCAGAUGAAACUGGUGAAGGACUGUUUAUUUAUUUCGAUGGUGUAAUGACUAAACUGCAUAACAUGAACGCCAAUGAAGCUGUCCAUCUUUUGUUAAUGUUCAUGCAUGCUGUUGAUGGUGUCAAUCCCGAGGAGACCCAGGCCCCUCCGUUUGUUACAGACAUGGAAGGCAAGAUAGCUGAGACGAUGACAAUGGAGAUGACAAUCCCGCUGACAACUCAGUCCCUACUAAGGUGGAAGCUGUUGAUUGUAGCAGGAGCAAUGGAAUAUCAGGCAAGUUUAGAAGGCACGCAGAUAUGA